UUCAGUCGAAUUUGAGACAUCACCAUGAAAUACUUCGCCGUUUGCGCCCUUCUCAUCCUGCCGCUGGUCAGCGGUGGCAUCGUGCCACGCAUACCCCCCACCAGGCACUUUGUGGCCUACGAGAUCCGAUCCACCCACAAUCUGCCCCAGAUGGAAGCCAUUGUCCAGAAGAUGCAGACCCUACUCCAGAACAUGAUUCCGGAUAUGUCCGUCCUGGCCGACGCCGUCGCCGUACCCGACAUGUCUGUCCAGUCUGAUGCGGGUGUGCUGCCCGACAUGUCGGUGGCCACUGACGCCGAUGAGACGCCCAGGAGGCGUACCGAGGAGUUCAAGGUUGCACCGAUCGCCAAGGUCGCCAAGGUCGGCGCUCCCAUGUUCGCUCAGAUCCCCGAUAUGUCUGUCCAGGCUGACGCCGGCCUAAUCCCCGACAUUUCCGUGGCCUCCGAUGCUGAUGAAACUCCCAAGCGCGCCUCCUUUGGUCUGAAGAAGCCGCUGCUAGACAGGAUCGCCGGUGCCAUCGCCAACAUGGAUGCCGAUCUGAUUCCCGACAUGUCCGUUGCCACCGAUGGUGAUGACACGCCCAAGCAGGCUGUUUCCGGUAUCAGAACUCCCCCGAAAAUGACCAAGGUUUCUGGUGGCGAGCCAGUGGAGAUCAUCCCUCGUGCUGCUGGUCUCAAGACCUUCCCCCAGCUGACCAAGGUCUCCGGAGGCGAGCCAGUGGAGAUUGUUCCCCGUGCUGCUGGUCUCAAGGCCUUCCCCCAGUUGACCAAGGUCUCCGGAGGCGAGCCAGUGAAGAUCAUGACCCAUGUCGAUGCUGAUCGAGUUCCUGUCAUGUCCGUUGCCUCCGACGCCGACGUGGCCCCCAAGCAGGCUGUUGCCGGACUCAAGGCCCUGCCUAAGUUGACCAUGGUCUCCGGAGCCAACCCCGUUGAGCUUCCCGAUAUGUCCGUGGCUUCCGAUGCUGAGGAUAAGGCUGCAAACCAGCUACCCGACAUCUCCGUGGCUGGCGAUGCAAAGUUCGAUCCCAAGAUGACUCUGGCUGCCCUUUUGGCCAGGCACCACUAAUUUAAUGUGGAACCAUCAGCUGCCCCGAUUAAAUCGGAAAUGAUUCAAAUCUAA